GUUCUUCUAGGCCCUCUUGAACGCACGAUAUUCUGUGCCCAACGCGAAAACAGAUGCCUCUGCUAUUUAAUUACUUCGUUAUUAAAGCGCCUCUGUAAAUAUUGUUCUUUGAGAAAUUCCAAAACAAUCGAUUUCUCUCCCACAACGGUUAUUUGUCUUCUAACAACUGCCUUGUCAAAAAAGUCAGUGGAUCUAUUUACCUCAAAACGAAAAUCCAAAGGACAAAGAAACCAAUGGCUAAUACCAUCAUGCAUAAUAUUUUGCUGAUAAAUUGUGUUUUCAACAUUCUUCUUGCAUUAACAUCAAUCACCGGGAACACGCUGGUGUUACAUGGAAUAUGGAAAACAACCAGCCUUCGUUCACCUUCAAUAACGUUACUUUGUUUUCUGGCAUCGUCUGAUCUCGGUGUUGGUGCGGUCGUGCAGCCUCUUUUUGUCGCAAAUGAUUUCAUAUCCUUGUACUCUGAAUCCCAGGUACUUAAAGAUGUCUUUUUGGAUGUUUUUAACGUGUUUGGUUUUUGUGUAUGUGGGAUAUCUCUUUGCACGGUUACAGCCAUUAGUGUGGACAGACUCAUAGCCAUACGGAAGCCUCUCCAGUAUCCGAAUGUUGUUACAAAUUCUCGUGUGACUUGCACACUUGGGGUGAUUUGGACAGUUUGUGUUGUCCUAGCAAGCUUCGAGGUUUGGGCGAAAAGAUUCCUUUUGAUAGCAUUGGAAACUGUGAUAUGCGUCUGUUUGUUUAUCUCGACUAUUUCGAACCUGAUAAUAUACGGAAAGGUUCGCCAUCACCAACAUGCGAUUCAAAUCCAGGUGCAAGCGGUUGAAACAAAUAACAAAUUCAUCACCAAUUCACACGUGGCGGGACUGAAAAGAUCUGCCUUGAACUCUUUUAUAGUAUUUCUUGUUCUACUAGUCUGUUAUUGUCCAUAUUUUGUUGUUUAUAUGGUUUCUUCAUUUCAUAAGAUGAACAGUUCUCUUGCAGCUUCUCUAACCUCAACGGUCGUGUUUAUGAACUCAGCUGUUAAUCCUUUUCUCUACUGCUGGCGAUUGCGAGAGAUUCGCAGUGCCGUAAAAAAGACUUAUCGAAAGCUCGUUUGCUGUAAAUGAAACAUAGCACUUAACACUCAAUAUGUGUAUACAAAGCUUAUUAAUUGUGCUCAGAAACUGGUUGCAGAAUACAUUUCAAUGCAGCAUCAUUAACACGUACUUGGUCUUUUAAUUUACGUUUGCAAGACUUUGCUGUGUUGUACUAGUCGAAUGUUGAGUUGCUGCCUAUUCUUUUUAAAGGUAGAAAU